GUCUGGAUUAGAUCCUGAACAGACGACAUCACUUCCUGCAGCUAAACACAAACUCACCGUGUUGGGGACUUUACUUCGGACCAACAUGGACGUCCAGUUCUGGUUCUGGUUCUGGUUGGUUUUCCUGCUGGGUACUGCAAUCAGUUCGGAGAGUACUACUAUGACUCCAGAGGGGACUACUGAACCUUUAGCUAGUGGUAUUCCAACCCAAGCAACUACUGACCCUCCUACUCCUAAUACUCUUCCUACUACUACUGUUAAUCCUGGUGUUGUUACUGCUCCUAAUACUACUACUCCUACUCCUAAUACUACUCCUCCUACUCCUCCUACUCCCAAUACUACUCCUAUUCCCACUACUUCUCCUACUCCUAAUACUACUCCUACUACUCCUCCUUCGUCUCCUACUCCUAAUACUACUCCUCCUUCUUCUCCUACUCCUAAUACUACUCCUACUACUCCUCCUAAUACUACUCCUACUACUCAUCCUUCUUCUCCUACUCCUAAUACUACUCCUACUACUCCUCCUACUCCUAAUACUACUCCUACUACUCCUCCUUCUUCUCCUACUCCUAAUACAACUCCUACUACUCCUCCUACUCCUAAUACAACUCCUACUACUCCUCCUACUCCUAAUACUACUCCUACUACUCCUCCUUCUUAUCCUACUCCUAAUACUACUCCUACUACUCCUCCUAAUCCUCCGACUCCUACUACUACUCCUCCUCCUACUACUAUUACUGUUAAUCCUGGUGUUGUUACUGCUCCUAAUACUACACCUCCUACUCCCAAUACUACUCCUACUCCUACUACUUCUCCUACUCCUAAUACAACUCCUACUACUCCUCCUACUCCUAAUACUAGUCCUACUACUCCUCCUACUCCUAAUACUAGUCCUGCUACUACUACUCCUCCUUCUUCUCCUACUCCUAAUACUACUCCUACUACUCCUCCUACUCCUAAUACUUUUCCUCCUACUACUACUACUGUUAAUCCUGGUGUUGUUACUGCUCCUAAUACUACUUCUCCUACUCCUAAUACUACUCCUCCUCCUACUACUACUACUCCUAAUACUCCUACUACAUGUCCUCAAUCUCCUACUACUCCUCCUACUUCUGAUCCUCCUACUACUACCACCACCCUCCUGGUGUGUUCUAAUGGUGGUUUAGUACUGGAUGGAGUCUGCAUCUGUCCUGAUGAAUGGACCGGAGAGACCUGCUCAGUCGCAAACUUCUGCAGCUCCCAGCAGCUGGAUGGAUUCCAGUUCCCAGCAACACCAGUUGGAUGGUUCUCCUAUUCUGAGGAGGUUUGUCUUCAAGGAACCAGCGCUGCUGGUAAACCUGAAGCUUCAACCAGGUGCUUGUCCAACAACGGAUCACCGAGUUUCGACCGUCCACAGGUCCUCCAGUGUGACCAGACACUCAGCGACAUCCAGCAGAAUCUCACCAGUGCAGCUGAUUUAGAGAUACUGGCGACCAGCACUCAGAUCCUGACGUCCAGACCUGAAGAACUGACCUCAGAAAACGUAACAGCAGCAGCUCGCAUCGCUAACACACUGCUGCUGUCUCCUAACGCCACAGAGAGUGUCCGAGUGGCGGCUGUAGCAACAGUCAGUCAGCUGCUGAACGCCAGUGUUCUCGACAACGCUGCCGAGGACAACACAACUCUGAGCCUGACGGUGACUCUGGAUCAGCUGUCGGUGACCCUCAGCCUCAGUCAGAACACGUCUCAGUCUCAGGUGGUCCAACCGAACCUGGUGGUCCAGUCGGCCCAGAUUCCUCCAGCCGACACCCAGGGAGUCCAGUUCACGUCCUUCACAGGGACGUCCGGCAGUUUUGUGGCCGACAGGAUCCAGCUGAACACCAACACAUCAGACGUUACGAUAGAAAAUGGCUUCAUCGCCGACGCACUGAUUUAUGUUCGAUUCCCAGCAGCAGCUGUCAGCAGACGUCAGAGUCCGUCCAACGUCUCUCUGGGUUUCGUCCUCUACCAGAACGACCGUUUCUUCCAGUCGAGGCUCUACAUGCGGCGCCGGGCCUCUGUCAGGGUCCUGUCGGCCAGCGUCCACGGUCAGGACCACAACGUGACGCCGCAACACGUGGAGAUGAUGUUCAGACCAACACUGCCAAACGGUUCGGCUCUUUACGACUUCUCGUGUGUCUUCUGGAGCUUCAGCUUGCAGGACUGGAGCACCGUCGGCUGCUCCAAAGGCAACGCUUCGGAUGGAGUCCUGAGAUGUUUCUGCAACCACACCACUAACUUCGCCGCUCUCUGGUCCUUCAGAGAGAAUUAUGAGUAUGCAGCAGCUCUGGGCGUCAUCUCCAUCAUUGGACUGUCCUUCUCCAUUCUGGGUCUGGUUGUAACCAUCAUUUUCUACAUCAGGGAAAAGUUUUGGAGGAAGUCCAGUGAAAAGAAGCUCCUGAACUCAGAGUUAGCUGUGCUGUGUAUCUGCUGCAGCCUGCUGGCCUUCAUCAUCACCUUCCUCAGUGGCGUGCACAACUCCAGCAGGCCUAGCGAUGGCGAGCCGGCGGUCAACGAUCAGACCAACGAGGUUCUGCAGUCGGACCAACAUGUGGAACCGGACCGUGGCUCAUGCACGGCAGUGGCGGUGCUGCUGCACUUCUUCCUGUUGGCCACCUUCACAUGGACCAGCCUGUACGGGACUCAACUGAUGCUGCUGGUCCGGUCGAUGCGCCGCAGUUUACCUCCAUACUGGACAGCACUGAGCAUGACUGUAGGAUGGGGAAUCCCAGUGGUCGUCAUGGCGAGCACACUGGCAGUAACCUACAGAGUGGAUCAUCCUCUGGGAUACCGACAGGAGGAAUUCUGCUGGCUGGCAGCUCUGGAUCAGAACAAACAGUUCAGCUUUGGGAAGCCGAUGUUCUGGGGUUUCAUCCUUCCAGUCGGUCUGAUCCUCAUCUACAACAUCGUCCUGCUGAUUCUCACCUCCCUGACCACCUGUAGGGUCGACCCCAACCUGACCAGCACCAAUCAGCUGUCUCUGACCAGAAGGGUUCUGGUCAGCUUCUCUCUGGCUGUGAUGUUCGGUUUGUCCUGGACUCUGGGUUACCUGGUUCUGGUCACCACCGGACCCGCCCACCUCGUCAUCAGCAUCAUCUUCUGCAUCCUUACCACCACACAGGGGUUUCAGAUCUUCGUGCUCUUCACAGUGAGGACGCCAGCCUUCAAAGCUGCCAUUCAACACUCUGUACGCUCCGUUUCCUCCAUCAGCCUCCCACUAACGACCAAGACCUACAACCUGUGGAAGGACGAAUGGAAGUCGAGUGGAACUGAGACCUACAGGGAGAUGAAGGAGAGUGAAUCUCUGUAAACUCUGUCAAAGACUAUCGUUGGUUAUUUUAACAGCCGAGAACUGCACAACCACAAACCUGAACCCAACCAGGUGUUGUGACUCAGUCCACCUGCUGAGGGCCAGUGAUGAUCAGGCAGCUUCUCACACACAUUUAUCAAAAAUCAAUUCUAGAUCAAACCUUGGAAUCUUCAAAAAGUUUUCAAGAAACAGUCUUCAAGCAGUCUUCAGAGUUUGAUGCAAAAAAUGUUUAUUCAAUACAGAGGCUUUAAGAACAAACAUGAGCAAAAUCUCAAGAUUUUAAUUCCCUCCACAAAGCAUUACAUCAACUUUUAUACCUUUGCAAAUUCCUUCUAAACACACCUCAUCCGUUAUGGAAAGCCACAACCCAUCGUCCUAAGACCCAAGCAAGAUGCCCAUGAAGUAAUCAUAGCCAAAGUUGGACCCCCUCCUCUCUUUUAUUUCUGCUAGGUUGGCAUUAUCUGCUGCUCCAGUACUACUGGGAAGAAACCAUUCUGGAACAACCUGCCACAUCCUGCAACGUUACCAGCUAAACUAGUUUUAAUGGACUAAGAUGGUUAAUAAUGGUCCAAACCGGUCUUUAAAUGGUCCAGGUUGGUCUUUAAAUGGUAUAAACUGGUCUAAUAUUGGUCCAAAAUGGUCUUUAAAUGGUCCAAACUGGUUUUUAUUGGUCCAAACUGGUCUUUAAAUGGCCCAAACUGGUCAUUAAAUGGCCUAAAAGAUUUUUUUUACGGGGCUUAUGAGUUAAUCAUGACAGUAGAGAAUUUAAUGGUCUAAACUGGCUUUAAUAGGCUGAAAUGGUUAAAAAUGGCUCAAAUCAGUCCGUUAUUAGUUCAAACUGGUUUUUAAAUAGUCCAAACUGGUCUUUUAUUGAUCCAAACUGGUUUUUAAAUAGUCCAAACUGGUCUUUUAUUGAUCCAAACUGGUCUUGAAAUAGUCCAAACUGGUCUUUUAUUGAUCCAAACUGGUCUAAAUGGCCCUAGUACUGGUGUUUAUGCUGAUUCUAAACCAGUUGUGAACGGAUAAACCUCCAGGUGGCGACAGUGAGUUUGAUUUUCCACCAUUAAUUCCUGAAUAAAAAGAAGAAACUUACCUCUCUGCUCAUCACAAACCCAGACUGAGUAUAUUGGAUAUAAAGUAGGGUAAAGAUAAUUUUUGUCAUCAUUUUUUGUGUUUUUUUAGCAUGAAGUUUGAUGUUUCCUGUUUUAUAUAUUGGUUUUAUUUUUUUAUGUUUGAAAGUUAAAGUCUGCAGAUUAUUUAUGUUGAAGUCUUUUUUUAAAUUGUGAAUUUUGUCAAUAUAAAAUUCAUCAUUUAUACGAACAAACAUUUUUAUGUUCAGAAGAACUGUGAGUGGUUUGAAAUGUGAAGAAAACUGUUAUUGUACAGACUGACAAUCAUUUAGCUGGGAUGAUAUUAAUCACUAAUAAUCAAUAUGACUGAUGUCAGUUACAGAAAAACGUGCUGUUACUGUGUUUCAUCUCAUUAUUUAAAAUCUGCACUCCUUAAAGUUCUGUCUAACAUCUAAAACUGGUUUUAAUUGGUCAUCAAUCAUCAAAACAGACGUAUUGACUAUAAAAUGAGGGUCUUCAGUCUCUUUUUAGACAUCUAUGUUUAGACUUGUGUAUAAAUUACUGUAAAACUAUGUUGUGUACUGUAGAAGUGGUCUUUCAGGGGAGUAAACUGGUCUUUUAAUGGUCAAACUGGUCUUUUCUUCACCUAUAAUGUUCUUUACUGGUCAUCUAUAAUCUAAAACUGGUCUUUCAAUGGCAGAAAAUGAUAAUUAUUGGGAAAAAAUAGAGUAUUCUUUAAAUGUUGUUAUAUUAUUUCUCCAUUUAUUGACACUUCCUACCAUCUAAUUGUCUUGUCCAGUUUGUUGUUCGUGGUAUGAAUGAGUGUGACUGAGUGAGUUGUUUGGGUUGGGAAAGGAUACUUGCCCUCUAAUGCACCUUGGUUUAAGAAGACAUCAUUUCAGCUGUUGCAGGGUUAGAUUUGUUUGAGGGAUGACCACUGUUGUGCAUCUGUAAUGUCCUAGUGUGUUUCUGUGCCCAUCCCAUAAAUGGAAAAAAUCAA